AUGCAGAAUAUCAUUUAAAGUUUAUUGUAUAAAAGUAAUCAAACAUUACUAGAAUAACUAGGUUAGGGAUAAAUGAUAUAUUAAUAGUUUAUGACUGAAGUUAUUGAUUAUCUUUAAAACCAUUUAGAAUCUUUACAAAAAAGCAAGCUUCGUUAGCUUUUUAGUUCUAAUUCAAGUAGAGCCAAACAAAUUUAGUAAGAAAUCGAAAAAAUGCAAAUAAAAGCUAAAUAAAAUUACAAAAAUUUCACUUUAGAGAUUAAAAAGUUAGCAGAAAACUAAAUUGAUUAUAUAUAAUAACACAUUAUGAAGGAAAUAGAAUAAAUGAAAAAAUGUAACACUUAUACACAAUAAUAAAUUGAUGACUUAAAAGACAUUCUUAAUUAAAUUGUGAAAUUAAUAAGCAAAACUUUUGUUCAAGAACAUGGUGAGUAUAACUCAAAAUUAGUAAAUUAUCAUUUUUUUGCGAAUGCUGUAUUAUAAAUUGGAUCAAUUGGAGUUUAUUAUUUAUUUGGACUUUCAGCUUGUGCAUUAGUGGGUUCACUGACUGCUUUAAUUGGUGUUUUUUAAAUGGAACAUUUAGAUGAGAAAUAUAGAAAUAAAAUAUAAUCUUGUAUUGAUGAUGUUAAGUAAAUGAAAAAAAAAUAAAAAGUUGAAGCAGAUAAUGAACUUAAUUUGGUAAAAGAACAGCUAUAGCAAGAAACAAAUAAAAUAAUUAUGAAGGUUGCUUCUAGUUUUUAGUCUGAGGAAUGUAUAUUAUGGUUAGAUCAGAAUAUAUCUAGCAGUGAGAAUAGACAAUAUUGCUAAAAAAUUCAAGAUUCUUUUCCAAAUAAGAUAUUUUGCUUCACACAUAAUAAAGAAGAAUUCAUAUAGCAUUUAAAAUAGAGCUCUGUUGCAUAUAUAAUCAUAUCAGGUUCAUAUGGGAAAUAGAUGAUGAAGGAUCUUCUCUUAUAUUCAGGGAUAAAAACAAUAAUAGUAUUCUGUUAUGAUAUAGAAAUACACAAAUGGGCUAUGGACUAUUAGAUAGUUGCCAAAGUAGUUAACGUAUUUCAGGAUGUUAUUUAAGUAUUGAGUGAUUUAGUGAACUAACAUACCCUAAUAGGAGCUUGUCAACUGAGGUAAUUUCCAAAUUUCUUAAAGAAAAAUAGUAUUUACUAUUUAAGUAAGGAGUUUUCAGAAAAAGGGUUAAGCUAAAAAACCUCAGUGGAUGCUUUGUCAAUAGUUAAUGACUCUCUUAAAUAAUAUCCUGAAAGGAUUAAAUAAAAGUAUUUUUAAUUUCUUACUUCAAAAGAAUUAAAAAUUCUUGAAAAUCAGAUUAAGUUUGCUUUAUAAAAUAAUUAAGAAGUUAAUGAUUAAAUUUAAAUUUAAAAACGAAUAAAAGAAAUAAUUAAGCUCUAUACUUAUGAAGGACCCUUUUACAAAAUGUUAAAUACUAUUUUAAAUAUUUUGAACCAAGAAUAGAUUGAUACGUACUCUUAAGUAAUAAAAUUAAUGAGAUAUGCUUUAUUUAACUAUAAUGACAGAUAAAAAGAAAUAUUCAGUGACAAAUAAUUCAGAUUGUAUAGGGGUAUCAAUUUUGAUCCAAGUCUUUUUAAGAAAUAAAAUAGAAUAAAUGAAGUUUUUAUCUUCCCUGCAUUCACAUCGACUACUCCUGAUUUUGAAAUUGCAAAACAAUUUUCUCAACAAAAUAAACUUGUCAUUGAAAUUAGUUUUGAUGAAAAACUAUUUGGAAAAGACUUUAAUAUGUUGAGACCCAAAAAAAUUCUUGCAGAGGAUUCAUACUAUCCAAGCGAAAAUGAAUUUUUAUUUCCUUGCUUUUCUGCAUUUUUAAUACUGGGUUAUAUUGAAAAAAAUGGUUACACAAUAGCAUAAACAAGGUUUAUAGAUUUAAGUGAAACUAAUGAAUGA